AGGGCAUUUUGGGUAUAUACUAUUAUAGUGUUAAAUAGGUCGUCUUGUUCAAAAAUAAAGAUUAAAGUUUUUAUAAUGUAAAAAUCUAUUGAUGCAAUUGAGCAACGAUGACAUAAAAUGACAUGAAGGUUAACGGCAUCUGCAUUAGACAUAUCUUAUCUUUUUCUAACUCAUGUAAUUUAUAAUGGUCAUUAAGCGGAAAGGUAAGCAAUCUAUUUAGUAUAUGGCAGCCAUGUUUGUUUUUAUUUAAAUUGAAUAUUGACCCUAAUUUAUAUUUUACACUAAGCUCUUAAAUAUUUUAUAAAUGGUCGUUUCCUCCGACGCCAAGAAGAUUCAACUUUUGAAAAUAUUUAAUCAUUUUUCUGCAUGGAAUAUUAAGUUUCCGACAGCACAUCGAAAAUCCAGCAUACUAAAAGACACCCAAUUCAAAUAAUAAAUAAAAAUACAACAGAACGGUUUCUAUGGUAACGAUAAAUGGUCAUUAUUAAUUCAUGAUAAUGACAAUAAUGAAGAUUAAGGGCUUGUACUACCCAUUUUUUAUCCCCCAAAAAAGCCACAGUUGUGGGGAGGAAAAGUAAUAUUCUUAACACUUUAGGUACUUUUACAGAACUGAUACUGAUACACAUCAUUUUAAUUUUAAAAGGCAAGGGGUUUUAGGCUUAGACUUAGACUUCUUAACUUAGAGUUAGAGUACUUAGACUUUUAGGCUUAAAAUUAAACUUAACUCUUUACUUAAAAGUAAAAGGCCUAGCUAUACAAAAUAUUGGCCACUGUAGUAUAACAAUAAGUUAAUAAGCUUUAUACUUAUGCUUAUAAAAACAUCAAUUUCAUCUUUCUGUCUUUUAUUUGUAUAGUAUAAUAGUAUAGAAAUGGAGUUUUUUAAUGUUUUUUUUUUUUAAAGAAUUUUUUAACACCUCACCCCUUGCCCUUGUUUAUAUUUGUUUUUUUUCAUUUUGCCCAUAACUUUUUAAUUUUAAAAGUACCAGAUUAUCAGGAGACAUUACAAGGUUGAUUCAUAUUCAUGCAAUAUAUUAAACACAAUAAACAACAAAACUUUUACAUAAAAUUAAUACUUUUUAUUUUUUAUAAUUUUAUUUGAGAGUAUGUUAAAAAAAGAAAGUUUCUAGUUAGGGCAGGAAAAUAUUUGUAGUAAACUACCAAUAGGUUCUAGAGAGCUAUUGGUAGUCCAGCCAAUCACAUCAAACCAAAAUUUGAGCUUUAAAAACCAGCUAUCAAUGAACCUGGCGAAGUAUUGCCUCCUUCAUUUAUUACUAAUUCAUACUAGUGACACCACCUUGGCACUUAUUAUUAAUGCUACAGUACUGUUUUAACACUGUCUGCUGUAGCCUUCCUCAUGCUCAGAUUUGGCUAUAUUGCUAUAUAAUUAUAAUAUAGACCUAAUAUAGAUAGAUGUAUGAAUGAUACUGGGGCGAGGGAUUAAUUCUUAAAAAAUGUUACCCAGCUUCUUCUUUGCCAAGGUCAAAGUAAUUAUUAUUAUUAUUAUAAGUGGUUUUAAAUAGUGUGGUACCCCAGUCUAGGGCUCACCACACUAUACGUACAUGGGCGCCUGCAGGGGGGUGGGCAAGGGGAGUGCCCCCCCCGGAUUGAUUGGAUAAAACAUUUUUAGACAAAAAUAGACAAAAAAUGUAUUAAAGUAAAGAGAAAAAAAAAGAAAGUAACUAAGCUGAUGUCCUGUCCGUUCGUUCACCAUACAAAUACGCUACAGUAAAUUAAAACUACAUUAAAACAUUACUAAAAAUUGUUCCCCCCCUGGAAAGUUAAUCAAUUUUUUUGCCCCCCCCCCAGAAAGUUUUCUGCGGGCGUCCAUGUAUACGUACAAUUUAAAAAACAUAAUCAUGAACUUAAAAAAUUAAUUAACAUACAUUAAUUAAAUAAAACAAAACAAAUGUAUAUUUAAAACUAUUUACAUUUAAAUCAAUGAACGACACUGAGCAGCAUCGUUUUUCGGUCAGAGGUGGGAAUCAGUCAGGAUAGUAGAGUUUAAAAAGAUGUGUUUUGAGUGCAGUUUUGAAGGAUCUGCAGUAAAUAUAAAAUCCAACUUAGGCCUACAUAGAGUGAUUUCAGCGAUGGAAUUAAAAAUAAAUUGUGACUACCAAUAUCAUUAGACUUAGUAAUACUUCACUAAUCAAUCUAUCACUAUCGCCAAUUGAUAGUUUUUUUAAUUGUAAACUACUAAUAGCCACCUAGAAGCUACUGAUAGUGGAGUACCAAUAGCUCUCUAGUUUACUACCAAUAACCACAGCCUAAAAAAACUAUGAACAGAAAAUUUGGAAAAAAAUAUUAUUUAAUAUAGUUGGAAAAAAAAAAAAAUGUUUAUUGAAUUUUUACAAAAUAAUUAUUACGUGCUUCAGUUAAAUUUUAAAACGAUUCUUAUAUUUUAAAAGAUAAUUUAAAUAAAUUUUAUACUUAUAUUUUUAAAAGGUAAGUAGAAGUCUUUUUUUAUGAAAUUAACCACUUCGCUACCAAUGUCGUCUUACUACAAUUUGUAUAAUUCUUUUGUUUGAUCAGUUCUAGUUUGUAUUAAUCUAGACUAUAGGCUACUUUACUUAAGUAUAAGACAAGAUUCUUUACAGAUCUGAAGCAAUGGAUAUGUAUAUUAAUAUUGUAUAUUUUCAAUUUUAGCAUACGAGUAAACAAUUCUCUUUCAGAUUUUAAAAAAAAAUAAAUUCGUACAAUUUAAAGGAAAGACAUUUUAAUGUAAUUUUCUGAUUUUUUUACUUCUUGAGCUUGUCUCUAGUUACUCAACACUGAUGUAAAUGUCAUUAGAAAAAGUAAUGCUCUGCCUAGGAUGGUAACUUUUAUGACUAUUUCAUUAGAUUUCCAAAAGGCUGCAGCCUUCAUCCAUGAGUUCCUCCUGAAGCUUAGUGAAGAUGUUGAGUGUGCAGAUGUUCGUGAUACCCUUAACCUUGCCCUUUUGCACAUGCAGAAAUAUUACAGGCAAGACUUUAACAUAUAGUAAAUAAAUUAUUUGUUAACUGUUGUCAAGAAUUGAACACUGUAAUUAUUUACAUGGGAUCCUUGGGUUACCCUUACACUCAAAGUACAGCAUUUCUUUGAUACAUUGCCAUUUCUUCCAUAAACUUAUUAAAAAAUAUUUUUUUUUUGCUGUUGCACUUCAUUACCAUACUCUGUAUGUGGUUCAUGUGAGUAAUGUAGGUGCUUCUGUAGGUGUGUUCCGAAAAUCACGUUAUGUUGCAUGGAAUAGAUCUCCAACAUAAGCCAAGGAUCACCUGUAGUCAUAAAACAAUUAACUUGUAUAUUUAUGUUUUCCUAAGAUUUUUUUCAUACAAUCGCAGAUUGAUACAGAACAGAUCUCAGGAAAAAUGUGCAAACACACUUUCUCUAACAGCUCGAGGGUUAAGUCCCAUGACCCCCUUUGUUGAUGCACCAGAUAAAUUCAUUUGGCGAUGGGUAACUACAAAGAUACAGUUUUAUAAUAAACCUAAAUCAAAAUUUAUUUAUAGCUCUUGUAAAUAUAUAUAUCUUUGUUUUAAAACACAUUCUCUCUUAUAAAUAUAUAAUAUAGACUAAAACUUAUUUAUGGUUUAAAACUACAUUGAUUAUAAUUUAUACAGGUAAACUUGGACAGCACAAAGCUUCCUGUUACAAUGAGCCUGGGUGACAGUGUAAAUUUUGUGGCCCUUCCUGCUCUUAUUGUUGCAGUGAAAAGUGGUGAUGUAGAUAUGAUCAACGACCUCAUACACGAAGGUUAGAAAGUACUAAUGUGUUGUGUCAUAAUGUGGUGGGUUUUUUUUCAUUAAGGGGGUCUUAUGACCAGACUUAGGACACUGGUAGUUUGCAUAUUCGAGCCUGUCUACUUCCUUAUAAACAUGGAGGAAAAAACAAAACAACAGGCCAUUUUUUUUCCAUACAUUUCUAAGACUUUGUAAAAAUCAUUUCAAUUUCAAUUCUGAAAAAUUAGAAUUCAGUCAAGUCAUUUCAUUAAAUUUUUGUAUAGAUUAUGAAUGUUUUCAUAGGAAAUGAAUUAAAUGUGCAAUUUAAUUUUAAAACAGAUGAUUUAAUUGGUUUUUAAUAAAGCUAAGGAUAUACCUGGAAAGGAGGGGGGGGGGGUUGCAGUUGGGGGGAAUAGGUGACAAGCCAUAUACAACCAUUGUUUUAGCCCAGUGUCAAUUUAAUUAAUUUGGACAUUUAAUCAGUAGUUGGAGGUUUUUCUUUUUUCAGAUCCCAGUAAUGCUGAUUCAAUAGAUGGGCUGGGUCGCACAGGGAUCAUGUAUGCUGUGCACUUCAAUCAACACGAUGCCCUCCAGUUUCUUUUGGAGCAUGGAGCCGAUGUUAACGCACAAGCACACGGUAAUUUAAAGGCUACCUUAGUGAGCAAAACAACUUUAGUUGAAACCAACUUUAUUUUGGGGGGGGGGGGACUAUACUGAUUUGUACAUAUAAAAAUCAGAUGUGCGCAGCUCUUAGGUUAGAAUUUAAGAGCAAAUUCUAGCAAAGAUCUGUUGCUACGGGAAUGAACAAUAGGUUCCCCUUGUUGGUGUUUUUUAAAUAUGCUAUUUCCCUUAACAUGCCUCCUGUGAUAUUUGCAGAUGGGUCAACAGCAAUGCACAGAGCAUGCCAUGAUGGGAAUCAUACAGGUCUCAAGCUUCUGGUGGAUUAUGGGGGAGACUUUACUUUAAGUGAUGUUCAAGGGAGGGCACCCAUUCACUGGGCUGUGACAACAAGAAGUACAGAAUGUUUGCAGGUUUGGAAAUGAAAUAUGCUUUAUUAAAAAAGAAAAUUUGCUUAAAUAUAAAUAAAUGGAUAAGUUCAUUGAAGUUAAUCUGCGUGAUUUCAUGCCAUGGGAAAACGACCAUUCUAAAUCGGGAAGUUUAAAAUAUUACAAAAUAAUAGUUACUUUCUAUAAUUAAAUCAGUGGGAAAUUGUAGUUUGUUGAUAACUGGCUGCAUAUUUCACUUCACAAGUCAAGCUUCAAAUGACAAUAUCUUGUAAAUUUUCUUUUUAUUGUGUUGUAAAAAAAAAACAACCUGUGGGUAAAUACACAAUAACAAUAAUACAGACCAUGCCAAUAAUAUGCAAAGAAUAGCUGCCAUGUCAUAAUUGUUCUUGAAGAAGUAUAUAGUGUAAGUAAUUGUUUAUUGAUAUGAAACAUUAAUUGUUCUAGAAAAAACUAUGUACUGUAAGAUGUGACACACCAACAUUUCUUUGUUGUUCUAGAAAAAGUCUAUAGUGUUUGACAGGUUAAUUAAUUUUGCUUAAUUUUGUAAGAGGCAUUACUUCGCAGCUUUGAUUGAAAGGGAGUGAUAAUCUAAGGUAAUAAUAAAUCCGUAUAAUAAAUCCGUAUAGCACCUAGAGAUUUUUACGAUACCAAUUCUGCAUACAUUCAUGGCAAUGAAAAGGUAAACUUUAUCCUAUCCAAAAACAUCCGUUAUCUUCACUGAAUUAAACCUUUUUUUACCUUACUUUUACAGCCUUAUGGCUUCCACUGUGUUUAGCUAGUCUAUGUAUUAUUACUUUUUUUGUUGUAAUUUUUGGUGCAGUAACGUUCAGUAUAUAAAACAAUUUCCUACAUGACUGCACCUCAGUGAUGUUGUAGCUGGGAUCAUAGACUCAAAGAGUCAAGUUUAGGCUUUUUGAUGUAUUUCUAAAACUUCCCUGGGAUCAAGUUGAAUUUAUUUGUACAGUAAAUGCUUUUUUUUUUUUUAAUGAGAAAUGUUAUGUUUUAUGACGCGAAAUUAAAGAGUUAACAGACAUUCCUAAAUAAAUGUUUAGGUUAUUAUUGAUCCAGGUAGAGAUUUUUAUCUGAUUAACAAAUAAAAUCUUGUGUUAACAUAUAAAAAUAUUUUUAAAAAAAUUCUACUCUCAACACUUGAUUUCAUCAGUGGAAGUUUGAUGUUUGCCGAUCUCUCCACAGGUUUUGCUGGCAAACAGGGCAUUUGCUGGGACAAGAGACACAGAUGGCCUCACACCAAGCAUGUGGGCCUGUCGCAUGGACAACAUCAAACAUUUUGAAAUGUUGUGCAAUGCUGAAAACAACCUCAUCGAUGAACCUGAUGGCAUCGAGAGGGAUGCUAAUGGCAGAACCUGGAUGCACUGGUCAGUUCGGCGGACACAGCCCUUGGAGUGCUUACAGGUACAGGCACUUUAGGUUAUGCUUCUUUAGGUGGGGAAAAGACUUAAUUGAAGAAUUGCUUUUUGUUGUUUAGAUUAAAUGUGUACUGUUGUUUAAAAACUUUCUUUGUUGUAUGGGGUACUAGCCGAUUAGGAUCCAUUUUCAAGGUGCUGUUGUCUAAUAUUUUUCUGCCUUGCCAUGUAGCCAUUAGCUUAUUAAAUUAUAAAUCUAAGCUUGCUCUAAGUUACAUUACCAGUGUAUAAUGAAAACAAUUUUGGGGACAUCAGUAGUUAAUUUAUUUGUAGAGGUUCAGAAACUUAAGACUUCACAUCACUGCCACUUGCUUUUAAAAAAAAACUUAAUUCACUCUGUGAUGAUGUGCUGUCAGUUUCCAUGGCUACGACCACAGUUUUUUUCACCUAGUAAUUAUUUACAAAGAAAUCUUUUUUUUUUUUGUUGUCUAAACAGACCCUGCUGACUCCUGACAGUGCUGCAAUCAAAGAUGAGGAUGGAAAGACUGUGCUUCUUUUGGCAGCUGAAAUGGGUAAUGCCUGCGGGAUGGAAAAAGUUACCCUUUUUUAAAAAAUUUCAAAUGUCCAAACUGCUUGUAGUAAAUUAUUCUUCACAAUCAAAGAAGAAUCUGCAAUAGUUUUGUAACAGUUGUUUUGUAAUAGUAAUAGUUUUGUAAUAGUUGUAUUGUAAGAGUUGUCUUUUUUACUCAGUUCAAUACUGAAUUAUUUUUAUGUUCCUCGCCAGGUUCCUUGAAUGCAUGCCGCCUGAUUGUGGAGAUAGCUGGGGAGAAGUGUAUCCUAGAUCAGGACAAUCAAGGCCGCACUGCACUCCACCUAGCCACCAUGGGAGGUCAUGGGGAUGUGGUCAACUUUUUACUUGAUAAAAAUGGUAAGUGAUGCUGCAUACAAGGGGAUCAAAUUUUUUAUGAAUAUAUUCAGGAUAGGAGAUGAAUCAGAAUUGAUGCAUAAUUUAAUGCUUUGUGGUAAAAAUAAAAUUAGAGAGUGUUAUUAUUAAAAAACCUGUUUAAAAUUUAGAAAUUUUGUUACAUAAUCAUUCAUGGCAUUUAUAGUUGGAACAUUUGCUAUUGUAAUUAUAGAAUAUGUUCAUCAUUGCAAUGCUUUUUUUUUUUUUCCUUCAAAAUUUGAAUAUAAUUUAGGAAUAAGCUAUUUAUAUAUUUUUACAAGACUAUUACCAGUUAAAAAAGAAAUGACUUGUGUAUCCAGUUAAAAGAUGAUUUUUGUUACUUAAGGUUUUAUAAAUAAAAAAAAAUUCAAAAGUAAAAAAAGAAAGUUUUAUUUGUAUUCUGAACAUUUAACACUGUUCCAAAAGUUGUCUCUCUUAGUCAUUAGUUCCAGGUGGACAUAAUUCUUGUUUUGUGCUAUGAAUUAUAAUAUGAUUCAAAGGAUUUAAUAAUAAAUUUACCAUCCUGAAUGUCAGCGGAUGUGAAUGUGGUUGACAGCUUCAAUGCAACAGCGUGGGACUAUGCCAGGAUUCGCAAGCUUCACUACUGCCAACUGAUCAUCAUGUCACACCAGCGACAACGCCUGUCAAGCAAUCCAGCCAGCCCUAUGCCCAAUGGCCUCGGUUUGUUGAUGAGGGAAGAGAUUGGUGUACAUGAUGAUUUUAGUCGCAUGGUCAGUUUUCAAGUUUUCUAUCCCACUUCCUGUCAGCAGACCCAACACUUUGAUUCUUUUCUACCGCACAGGCUCUAUCUCAGUGCCAAAUUGUAUUUAGGUCUUUUUUUUCUCUUCUUUUUAUGGGCCUUCUGCAAAGUACAAUCUCAGUUUGUAAAGAGGAAAAAAUAUAUGGUUAUCAAAGUAAUAAAAAUUACAUUUAAUCUAAUAUUUGGUUUUUCUCAUGCUCUGAAUCAUAUGGUGGAGAAUUUGUAAUUUUUUUUUCCAAUUCUUUUUACCGUCUGGAGUGAUCAAUAUUUUUUGUUGGAAUUUAUUCAACAUAAUAUGACUCAUCAGUCAAACAUUUACAACAUAAUUUGCUUUGAAAACUAUGUUAGGAAUUAAAAAAAAAAAUUAUAAUCUUGUCUCAGCUUAACAAGAUCUUAAUACCUAAGCUGUAGGCCUACACGCGUACAUAUUUUCUAUUUAUAAAAUUGAGUCCCAAUUAAUAAUAUUUUCAUGGCUCAACUGAAGUAAUUUGUGUUUGCUAUGAUCGUAAAAGGUUUGUAAGUUAUACUUUUCUUUACUCAUUGAUUUUGAGUGACUGACAGUCUCAUUUUAGUAAAUGAGUUGAAUUUUCCCAAACCCUUAGCAGCUAGUGAUUUCACAUUUUUACCACCAUAGAGUUUCAGGGGUAGAUCCAACCAGUCGACUCCAAUUACACCGCCCCACCCACCAAAACGGCCAAGGUCGUCCCGCAUCCUAGUACGCAGGUCAAACAGUCUGACCAGUGCCGACAGGGAGAAUACAGUUGAUAGCGACAGAUUGAAUCAGUCGGCUGAUGUGUUUCCAAUGAACGUCGGCAGUGGAAAAAAGGAGCGGAUCUCUGUAAGUCACUUGAUUUAACUUCUCCGCUUGGUUGGUUGUAAGGACUUGUGAACAAGUACAGGAUCUGUGUAACUUCUUUCUGAUUGUUUAUUUGUAGAAAUAGCUUCCAUGCUAAUAUUUAUCUAAGUUCAUUUAUGGCCAAUCCAUCUCUUUUACUGCCUUUUCUGUUUUUAAGAUGUUUAGACCAGUUUAAAUUCAUUGUUAUUCAACAAAUCAUGUAUUUGGGAGACAAAUGCUGUUUCAGUUUUGAAACAAUCUUACAUUGUGUUAUGAUUUGAAACUCUUUGUUUGGUUUAGGUAAAUGUCAGCACGCCACAGAAACGCACAUCAUCAGGCGAAGUCUUUACCACUGCCAGGGAGGAAACAAUGAUGACAGACUCGUCAAGGGUAAGCUGUGCUUGGUGUUGAUUUGAUGCCAGUAGUUAUAAUGUAAUUAAAAAUUACCAGCUCACUUCUCACACUGUUUUGUUUCAUUGUUGACACACUGUUUUGUUUCAUUGUUGACACACUGUUUUGUUUCAUUGUUGACACACUGUUUUGUUUCAUUGUUGACACACUGUUUUGUUUCAUUGUUGACACACUGUUUUGUUUCAUUGUUGACACACUGUUUUGUUUCAUUGUUGACACACUGUUUUGUUUCAUUGUUGACACACUGUUUUGUUUCAUUGUUGACACACUGUUUUGUUUCAUUGUUGACACACNUUUUUUUUUUUUGUUGUUUCUUUUUUUUGUUUUUUUUUUGUUUCUUUGUUUUGUUUUUUUUUUGUCUCUCUUUUUUUUUUCUUUGUUGUCUCUUUUUUUUUUUUGUUUCAUUGUUGGAAUACAUUUAUAAUAUAUAUGUGUGUUUUUAUAUAUAUAUAUAUAUAUAUAUAUUGUGUUCAGGUAAUUAAUACACAAUUUAGUCUUACCAGUUCAGUCGUAAAUAAAGUGCUCAAAGAUUUCUAUUGCACAAAAAGUCAGGGGUUUUCUGUGUAAUUUUCAUUAUGGGCUACUUCUUAGCACACUUUGCUAUCGACAAAAGUUUCAUUUUUAAUUAACAUUUUAAGGAAAUGUUUCCCCAUUUAAGCCAGGGGGCAUAAUUCUAAAUCAGCAGGGUUUAGUCAUUAUUACUUUCCUGAUCAUAUUCAUUUUCUGUGCAGCCCAUUUUUGAAGAUGAAAAUGAUGAAAUAAGUGAAGGUGGGAUGGACGUUUCAGAUAUAGAAGAUGAGGACCACAUGGUUCAGUCAUCAAAUAUUGUGUCUGGACAAGUCCAUGUGACGCCCAAGCCAAGGCCACCACCCAGGGGCAGACCGCAAAAUAUGGUGGCGCCCUCGCCACAUGGGGUAGGCGUGAUACAACUCUUUUUAAAAAAAUAUUUAUUUUGUCAUUAGUUAUUGUGGUCUUUAUUUUAAACAAGACUUUUUUUUUAUAAACACAUUUUGCUCCACUAUUUACUUGCUGUCUUAUAAGUGGUCCCGAGGGGAAACAAGUGGCUAACUGCCUAACUCCAAUGUGUAAUUUAAUGAACUGUGUCAACAAUCCUGAUAUCUUAUUUAUCAAUUAUAAAUGUGGUCUGUAACAUUAAAGGGGAUAGUUUUGUAAACUAAAUUUUAUGUAAAGACAAAUGUCAGCUUGAGAAACCUGUCUUUGCAAUUUUUUCUAGUGGCCGCUGACAUUUGAAAGAUUUCAGAUUUGUUCAAUCAUUUAUAGAUCAUCAAUUUCAAAACAACUCUUGCAUUUCAAUUUUGCAGACAAAUUUACUCAGCAAUAUGAAUAGCGUGUUUGCAAACAACCUCAAUAACAAUAAUAAUGUUCGCCUGCAAAAUAAACAAAAUCAGCAACACCACAGGAUGGAUCAACAAAAUCAGCAGCACCAUAGGAUGGAUUUUGAAGAAACAGCAUCCGGACCUUCUCCCCAUCCUUUGGAGACCCAGCAAGGCAGGAUAUUACUGGGGGGUCGACCUCAGGCCAGGGUGCCUCCAACACCAAUCUACCGUCCAUCAAGAGGGGGGCCUGUCCCCUCACCUCCAUCCAGUACACCGCAGAGACCUCACAUGCUGCGGCAACAGCAACCACUUCCGCCUUCAAUAGCCCGCUCACAGCCACCCCCCCAACCUCAGCAAUCCAGGGAAUCCAUAUCUCCCUCUGCUCGAGACCCGAGCCCACCCAGCCAAAGUUCUGAAAGUCAACAAGUUAGUCGUGGCGACAGGCCAAACUCAGGGACCAACCAGCCACCAGGUUGGUAGAAAACACACAUGUUAUUAGUAGACAUUUUUUUAAAACAAUUUAGCUCUGCUUCAAGCAAUGGUUCCUAUAGUGCAAUCAUUGCCCCCAAAAAAUUAAUGUUCACUCUCAAACUCAUUUUUUCCUUUAAAAUAAUGUGAACAAAAACUAAAAGAAUGUGCUUAAUUAAAAGCAGGAUAGUUAGUUAUUAGACUGUUGGACUGCCAUGAAGCUGAAGUGAUUGAUAAACCACACACAUUUUAUUUAAGUAAAAUAGUAUAGUUAUGCUUUAAUUAAAGGACAAAUUACAAUUUUAUUUGUUUCAGUUAUGCUGUCAUCAGUAAAACAGAAACAAAAUAGCUUGCAUUUGAAUUAAAUUUUUUUUAAAAAUGAAGAAGUUCACAUUGACCAUUUUGUCCUAGGUGUAUUGGAAGGCAGACGUAUACCACCACCUGCCCUGACACCUCUUCAAAAUGCUCCAAGGCCACCAAAUCUGGAUGUGUUUGAUCAGAUAGAGAAGAAGAAGAAGAAAAAGAAGAAAGAUAAAGACAAAAGAGAUGUCAAAUCUCCACCCCAGAAACCUGAGCAUCCAUCAGACAUACCCCCACCUCGCGGCUUUGCAGCCCCCUUACACCCUCAUAUGCAGGUAAGGUUUACCUAAGAGUAUUGCCUGGAGCACUGAAAUUACUCAAUUACUAACUAAUAAUGAGGAGAAAAAAAAUAGUCAACACAAGGCACCUGACUUUGACUGACAGAAUGAGGAACAUUCACACCUCCACUCCUAUGGAUGCCUUUGAUUUUUUUUUUCUGUAUUUUCUUUUAAAAAAUGUACAUAUUAUAACACUGUUGGGGGGUGGGGGGGGGGGUUUAAACAUUAACUACAACUGGAAAACAUGACAUUGUCAAAUAACUGAAUGUAAAAAAAAAAAAAAAUGUCAAGUGCUCUAAAAGCUAGUGAUUUUAUUGUUGUUGAUUCUUGCCUGAAUCAUUCAUGUUCCCUCAUGUUGUAAUGGUGGAGUCAAUAUGUAAAAUGUUUGUACCUUUUUUAAAAAAAAAUUGUCCUAAGCAACCUGGACAGGCCACUUAAGAUUGCAAGGAAGAACAAAAUUUAUUUUUUUUAAAACCGAGAACAUCAAUAAUUAACUGAAAUAGAAAGUUGAGUUAGAUUUUGUUUUACUCAGGUCCAGGGCAGCCAAGGUGCUCGUAUUAACUCAGCGGCACCACCACCUCCCAGGUACUCAAAGGGCGCACCUGUGAUCUCAGACUCAAGGUGAGGCAUACAGUAUACAACAAUCACAAAGAAUGUGCGCAUUUAUCAAACCCAAAGCUGCAAAAUAGAUAUUGUUCAUUUUGGAAAAAACAAACAAUUUUUUUUUAAAAUCAAAUAACGUCUCAACUAAAAAACAUUUUAAAGUCUUGUCUUAUUUAUGAGACUAAAUUUCCAGGGAAUUGAAAAACAAUUUCUCCGGGCUCGUUGAUGUAUAAUUCGUUUUUAAAAUGAAUAAUUAAUGGUGUUAAGUAAAACUAAAUUAUUUUUUAAAAUAAAUCCACUAGUUCAGUGUAAUGUCAAUAUAUAAUUUUAAAAGAAAAUAAACCCAGAAAUUUAGUGGUUCUUUAAUGUCAUUUAAUGUGACUGCACCACACACAAUCUUGCUCUUUUUAUUUUAUUUCAAGUAAUAUUUCUGUGGUUGCAGUCCAAAGACUGCAAAUGAGAACUCUUGGUUUAGAUCAUUCUUUUCUUAAUUUCAAGUACAAAUCACACUUUAGUGUUGGACAUAUAAUUAUAAUUUGCUUGGAUCCUGCUGUAUAUCAUCAAACAGCAAUGGUUUUUAUAAAUACUUUGGUAGUGUGCACUUAAUAAUUAGUUUAAGUGUGAAUAAUAUAACAAUGUUGAAAACAAUGUAAACUAUGUUUUGAAAGAUACGUUGAUGAAAAUCAAGAGGAGGAAGGCAGGCCUCCGGCAGUGAACGGCCUGACUGUCCUGGUGAGAGAUGGGGCGGCCAAAUCUGGGAAACCUGGGCAGAGAGGAUUGGAAGGAAGUAAAGAGCAGGGGCCAGGCGGCGGAGAUGGGGUGGGGGUGGAGGAUGAAGGGGAUGUGGUCAUGCAAACUUCAGCAGCUGAAGAGGAAGGAGGACUUCUCAUACCACCUCCAGCUCUAUUCAGAGGUGCAGCGAGGGGGAGUAAAUCUUUGGCUCAGUCCAUGCCGCAGGUGAGACUUGUAAAUUCCCCUUAACUAAGAAAGAGUUUGUUUUGUAGCCAAGAGAGUGAAAUGUUUAUAUUUAGCUUUGUCUCAAUUCUAAAACACUACCCUCACCAACUUACUAACACACGUUUUAACCCGAGAAUCAUUUCGUUAAUGCAACAACUAUGCCCCUUGAUGAUAGCAAAUCAAUUUAAAGUGGAUGCAUUUAUUUCAAUUCAAUGUAACUUGCUUUUUUUUAAAGUAAAAGAAUUUAAUUAUUUCCAGCCAUACCAGAAGAAAGAUAUUAAACUAAAACAGGGUAGUAUACAAACAAAAAGUGGGGUUUAAAAUAUCUGAAUAAAGUUCAUAAAGAUUAUAUGAUUUUCUCUUGCUGUUGUAGAAUAAUUUAUUCAAAGGGAACAUACACAUUUCAUGUCUUGUUUAACACAAUGUAUCAAAGAUAACCUGCAUUAUUUGAAGUCAGCCCUUAUGAAUUCAUGCUGCCGUACAUAAAUUAAUCUGAAAACAUAAUUAAAAUACUAUCAUCCUCAAACCAGGGUUUCACAAAAUUAAUAAAAACCGAUGCUUUACAACCCACCCCGCAUUUCCGUGCCACAACAUCGUUUUUUUUAAAAUUAUUGGAUUACUUUCCAGUCUGCCUCUCCCUCCCCACAUUCCCAUGGUAAGAUUGCAUGCUCAUUGCUGUUGAACCUUUUAUUGCACUCAUAGUUGUUAUAAGUAUCAGUGGCUCUCAACUAUUUCCUUCUCAUUCACAAAUUUUGUCAUGCUGGCAUUCCCUGAAAAUAUUCUGACUUUAAAAGAUCACAUAACAUAUGUAUAUAUACACACACAUAUAUUAUAUAAAUAUUAUCUCUCUCUCUUUAUAAAUAUAUAUAUAUAUAGAUAUAUAUAUAUAUAACCACCUGUGUUGAGAAUCGCUGAUGUUUCCUAUUUUUCCCCUCCUUUUGCACAAAAUAUAUGCUUUAUAUCAACCCUAGAAAAUGCAACUUUAUCCAAUUUUCAAGUGGUAAAAUAUAAUGGGAGCUGAAAUUUGUCAGUUUUACUAAAUAGUAAACUAAUCUCAAAUUUUAGUAUCAAACAUAAAGUUCCUGGUGACUGCAUUUUUAGAGAUUUUCAAGACAAUUCUUUUAGAACAUUCUGCAUGUUAAUGUUACUUUUGAAAUGCAAGGAUUAUGUUCUAGUGUUAAUAAAAUACUGUGAACAAGAAUAUUGAGGUCUAGCUUUUAGAAUAAUCCUCUAUCUUUGUGUCCAUGUAUGCUGUAUCCUUUGUUGUAGCUCUUACUUUGUUGUUGCAUUGGAAUAAAAUCACUGUUUGUUUAAAACUUCAUUGAACUUAAUUUAUUUCAGAUGUAGAGAACAAUAGCAUUAAAUAAUAAUAAAAUUAAUCUGCUUUUUUAAAAAUGCUUUAAAGACAUCUCCACAAGCUUUGAUGUAUUCAAAAUCAUUUCGAUAGUUUAAACAUACUUCUCUACAAAGAAGUCACGUUUAUACAUACUUCUCUACAAAGUAGUCACUUUAAAUCUCUAAAUACCAAUGUCAAGUACAUAUCUGGGCAUAAAAUGCACAAAAUUUCACCCUAGCUGCACUCAUUAUCUAGUGUUUUUUUUUUAAACUUAAGCUUAUUCGUUUUUAUGAAAAGAGUUUCUUUUUUACCAACGGUAUUGACUUUAGUAUACUGCCAUUUUGCCCUCUUGAAAUCACUAUACAGUUUUUACAUUCACAAACAAUUGAAAUGCAUCUUUGUAGCCAUUGUAGCAUUUUUGAAAAUACCCGUUGCCCCAUUUUUCUGUUCUCAUAUUUUUAUAGUUAGUAAUAUUUUUACAUUCAGUAGGAAGCUUUCAAAGCUUGAUUUUUGAUUGAUGAAAUCUAACUUCACAUUGAAAGGGAUGAAUGAUUUUAUGCUUAUAUAAAAAAAAAAAUUUGUUUUGUUUUUGAAAAAAUUAAAAUAACUUAAGUUCUUUGUUUGAAUGUAACUUUAAAAAUACCAUUAAAAAUAAUUUGCAGCUUUUAAUUAUGAUUCUUAAUGAAUUGAUAUUCCAAUAGAUUCAUAGUGUCUAUCAAAACUAAAUUACCAUCAAAUUAAAAAAAAGAAAAUGUUUUAUGUUAAAGCAAUAACUUUUUACUUUGAAGACUGUUAUUACCCUUAAAUUGACGGCGACUUACCCUGGGCGACUUACCCAGGACGUACUAAAGAUCUUUAUUCUGAAAUAAUUCAAACCCAAAACAUUAAAAGCACUGUGUAAAUCAAAGCCCAAACAAUAAAACUAAUUUAUUUUACUUUUGCUGUCUGAUCAAGUUAAAAAGUUCAGUAUCUUAUAAUGAUUACAUUAGUUAAUUUAGAAAUGUGCAAUACUUUCUUUCUAAAAACCUGAGAUAUUUAAAUCACUUUUGCUUUGAUUACAAAAGCUCUCAAAUUAGUCUUGGUUGUAUGAUUAAAUAAUCUUAUAGGAAUGGGAAGCGAGCUACAUUUUAAUUUAAAACACUAUUCAUUGCUUUCCAUAUCUCUAAAUCAGGACAGCAAGAGCUCACGAAUGAUCUUGACCAGUGCUAAGCCACCACUUCCAAAAACCAGGACCAGUAACCCCUCGGCAAGUCCUCGUCAUAACCCCCGACCCCCAGGCAAAAGCUCAGCAUCUGGACGCAGGCAUCGACCACGGACACCCAACUGAGAUCUUGUCACUGUUUUCUUUCAGAUUAUCUUUUUUGAAUGAACCUGACCAAAGUUCCCUGUAGAAAUGUGGGACCAAACUUUUUAAAGAAAAACCAUCUAAUUCACAGAUUUUAAAAAAAAAAAAAGGUGUCACAGUUUAGGAGCCUUAAAGAUAUCUAUCACUAUCAUAUUGAUUUUUCCAUGGGAAGAUUUCAAAAUCAAAUUUUAAAUCCUUAGCUAAAAUUGGACUUCUUAAAUUUAAAAGCGACAAUAAGAUCUGUUUUCCAUUUAUUGUUGGUUCUUUUUUUUUCAAAACCAACAUAAAAGUCCUGUC